AUGGAACUCAAAACCGUUCUCAUCGAUAACCCGCAGGGCCUCAAUCUGAUCCUAGGCCACUCCCAUUUUAUCAAAACGGUCGAAGACCUCCACGAGGCUAUAUUCAACGCUGUGCCGGGAGCCAAAUUCGGCCUUGCCUUCUGUGAGGCGUCGGACGUCUGCUUGAUCCGUUAUUCAGGAACCGAUCCAGAGCUUGUCGCUUUGGCCCAGCGAAACGCCAUGGCCAUCGGAGCCGGCCACAGCUUCAUCAUUUUCCUACGGGACAUGUAUCCUCUGAAUGUCCUUGGUGCCAUCCGGACUGUUCCCGAAGUUUGUCGCAUCUAUUGCGCUACAGCGAAUCCCGUGGAGGUUAUCGUGGCACAGACAGAGCAGGGACGGGGAAUUCUAGGCGUUGUGGAUGGCUUCAGUCCCAAAGGCAUCGAAGGUGAAGCGGACAUAGCAAAGCGCAAGGCAUUUCUACGGAUGAUCGGAUAUAAAGCGUAG